GGUCUUAUACUUAAGUCUACGGAUUAAGUGUAAACAAUAACUCGUUUAAAUAAAUAAUAAUCUUUUUAAUAAUAAAUUAAUAAAUUGUUAUUAAUUAAUUUAUUGACCCGUCACAUUAAUGGCGAUCCUGCCAGGAUAGUUUGAAACGAUUACGAUCAAACUCGACUAUCCUCGUGUGAACCUGCUUUGCACAAAUAAUAAGUUAAAAUUGUGAAAAAAAAUUUUUUUUUGUGUGUUUUUGUGACGUUUUAUACGGUGAUAUUUUCACUGGAAAUUACCGGAAAUCACGUACUCGGGCCGAAUCAAGUAAGUUCGAUAGUGAUUCCGUGGGUAUAAGUCCUAGAGAAGGGGAGACGCCACCCAACCAAGUUGGCAACGCGGGAGUACUACCCUCACGAGUGACGUAUCUCCAGCUGUUUCAAUACCGGAAGCUGCUUGGCCGAAGGAAUCUCGAAAAUUGUAUAGGAAUAUAAUUAAAACCAUGAGGAUAAUACUGUGGGCUGCAUUAAUAACUGGGAUAGUAGCAGAUGUUCAUCUAAAGGACCUAGAGGGGACUACUGUCUACGCUGAAAAUUUAGGGAUAACAAAAUUGUAUCAUGAAACUUGGAAAUUAAUUUUGAAAAUACACACCACAAAUUUUGACAUGCGACUUUCGCAAAUUGUAAAAUUAUAUUCGCAGGCAUCCACUUUAUGUAAUAACUGUUCACAGAAAUAUGAAUUAACAAUACUCAGAAACCGACUCAACCGAUUAGAAGCUUCAAGAACUUUACUACACCACAUAUUAGGACAGUCUCGAGUUCGUAGAGGAUUCUUCAAUUUUAUGGGAUCUAUUUCUAAAACCUUGUUCGGCACAUUAGAUGAUCAGGAUUUGCAAAUUAUCAAUAGUGAAUUUGACUCUAUAUACAAAGAUAGUAACUUUAUGGCCCAAUCGAUAGGUAACCAAACUAGAAUAAUCAAAACCCUUUUGAAUAGUGCCUCACAUGACCUAAUGACACUUAAUGCAGAAACUCAAACUCGAAUGAAACAAUUAAAUCAAUUAAUCAAUUCGACGAACCAAAACAGCAAAGAAAUUGUAAUAACUAAUCUUAUAUCUGGUACGGAAAUUGCCGUAGCCGAAUAUGGUGAAGAUUUAAAUUUAAUAAUCGAUGCAAUAAACGACGGUAAACACGGAAUUGUCCAUCCUCAGAUUUUAACACCAGCGAUUUUAAUACAGGAAUUACGACACAUAGAAGAAAAAAAUAAUCAAAAAUACCCCAUACAACUAGCUGGUGAAAAUUACCAACAAAUUAUUGAUAUUUCGGAAAUAACAAUUAGCAUCAUCAAUAAGACCCUAGUGUACAUAGUAAAAGUUCCUUUAUUAGAAUACGAAGAUUUGCAAACUUUACAUUUGAUUCCUAUUCCUAUGCCUCGCGGAAACAGUUUUAUUGCACCGAUUCCUUCUCACGAAGUUGUUUUAGCAAACUUUGAAAAAAAUAUGUAUGUACCUUCGGAUAUUAAUACCUUAAAGUUAUGUAAAGAAAUCGACGAAAUUCGCAUUUGUAAAAGAACUCAGCCUACGUAUCUUAUCAGUGAAACUCAGACCUGUGAAACAAACAUCAUUCGGCGUCAAAACAAAAAUGUUAACGAACAAACAUGUCAAUUCUCUGUUUUUAGAAUUUUAGAACUUGUAUUUAUUCCUUUAAAGGAUCCUAAUAAGUAUAUUCUGGUUCCCGAGACACCUUUCGAACUCAGUGUAUGGUGUGGAACACAAACACAAACAAUUCAACUCAAAGCUGCAAGUUUACUUUUUAGCGACGAAGACUGUACAAUUCAAACUCCAAAAUCUAUCCUAAAAUUGCGAAAAUCAAAAAUAAGAAACGGCGACAUAUAUUUUAGUAAAAAUGUAACCUAUAAAUUAAAUUCUGACGAUGUAAAUGUAUUGAGUCAUCAACUGCCAUUAAUUCAAGAAUCUCUACGACAUGAAAAUUUUAAAGAAUUAAGACAGAGUUUGAAUGUUAUGGAAAGCUCGUUGCAGGCAAUUAAAUCUAGUCGACGCACGCGAACUUGGAUAGAGACGAGCACCGAUAUACUUAGUUAUUUAGGAUAUAUGUCAUUAGGAAUAAUAAGUAUUUACAGUUUAUAUAAAAUUGGGUUUUUUAAUUGGGUUAGAAAGCUAAUGCCUGGGAAUUUAUGUAUAAAAUUGUUCUGUGUUUCCACGACAGUUACUGCGACUCCUACAGUGCAUUAUACUCCGGUAGCUACUGCACCUAGGGAAAGUGCUAAUACAUUGUCGUAUAACGAAGUCAACGACAAAACGUUAAUUUCAUCAAAGAGGGUUAAGAUAAGAACUUAAAGGAUUAAGUUCAUUCUAGAAAUGGGGGUGUAACGCAUCCUCCAAAACUAUUUUUAGUUAUUUUCUUGUAUCCCCUAUUUUUCAAGGACACAUUCCUUGGA